CAUCAUUUCUAAAAAAAUGUCCGUAAACAAUUCAAUCUUUUGGAUUGCCUAUUUUGGUUAACAACAUUUUUUAAAACAUGCACAAUGUAGACCAUAAUGUUAAUUACUAGAAACUUAAUAUUUUUAUUAGCUCUAUGUAUUUUGUAGAAUACUUACCGAUAACUGUUUGAAGGUAAAAUUUGUGGAUUUGAAGUCAUGAUUUGUUGGUGAAUGUAAAACAACGAUGAGUCGCAGAUUUAAUAAAUUGCUAAAGGAUUCUGGCAUGGUCCUUUCUCAGCCAAGAACAAGAUCUACAUCUCAUUCAAAGGAUAUGAACACUCUUUGUCAAGACAUCAGUUUGGAAUUACUGUCAGUUGGUGGGACAACCGAUGGUGAAGGAGAGGACGAAGAAGAUGUAGAGAUAAGAGAGGACAAUAGAGAUGAACAAGCAGAGACGCAACCCAACACCGAUGUGGAUAAGAGAGCAGCUUGCAUUAUCAGUCAAAUUGAAAGAAACUCCACUCUAAUGACCAAUGACCCAUUGGCUGAACAACUAAGAAUAGAAACGCUAAAAGAGUUGACGCAGAGUUUGAGUGUAAAACGAACGGUGAGAGCAAAAUUGGUUCAAACUGUGAGCCAAAAAAAUAAAGUUCAUCCAAUUGGCUUUUUCAGGAGACUCAAGUAUCGUUUGAGUAUCGUUUUUACUAGGAUAAGAAUGUGGAUUCAUGAUUUAGUUUACGGCUAUGAGCUAUGGUACGGCAGUCUGAAAACAAUAGAAGGGCAUUUCGGCAGCGAUGUCGCUUCUUAUUUCAAGUUUCUACGGUGGCUUUUCCUUUAUAACUGUUUUGUUUUCAUUAUGAGCUUUAUAUUCGUCAUUAUACCUCAGGGCAUCUAUGUUGAGAAAUAUAAAAGGAAUGGAGUAGCACACGUUGACAAUAUCCUCACUUCAGUUUCUGACGUCAUGAGCAGUUCAAUAAACACACCUUCGAAAAACUUGUCACAAUUCUCACUUUCUGACUUCAUUACUGGAGAGGGAUUCUUUACAAACUCAACAAUGUAUUAUGGAUUUUAUACUGACCAGAGUCUAAAAAUUGGCUCUUUCAUUUAUUCUAUUCCGACGGCAUACUUUUUUACUGCCUUCUUCUCCUACUUAUUCGUCUUCAUAACACUUUCAAUUAGGAUGGCAAGGUCAUAUCGUAAAAGUUUCAUUGAAACUUCAGGUGGUGUAAAAAACGUCUAUGCGCUAAAAAUAAUCUGUGCAUGGGAUUUCAGUAUUGCAGACGAAAAUGCUGCUAAACUAAAAUCAGAGACACUAGCGCGUGAACUGAAGGAAAUGUUGACCGAUGACCUGAAAUCGUCGUACCAGAAGUCGAAAUCGAUGCGGCGCGUGUACAUAGUGGUGGUGCGUUGUGUUGUGAAUGUGCUGUUCUUUGUGAUGCUGGGAGGCACGGGCGUUCUAGUCUACACUCUCCUCAAUCGGCUGCUGCUCAACAAACUCAACAGUCACACCUCGGGCCUUGUCACAGCCAUCAUACCUGGCAAGUAUGCUCCAAAGUUGAGUUCUUCGGUGAAUGGCAUUGAUGGAGAUGAUGAGAGUGAGCGUGAUUGGCAGGUGGAUCCGAUCUUCAUGUCGUUCGUAGUCACCUUCCUGCUCAUCAUAAUGCCAUUGCUCUUCUCUUGGAUUGUCAGGUUUGAGAGGUACAAUGAUCCACGCACAUCGCUGUAUAUAACCAUGGUUAGGACAUUUGUUUUGGAAUGUGUAGUUGUAGCUGUACUUGUGAUAUUCUGGUUAGGAAGGAGCUCUUCAAAGUGCUGGGAAACUUCACUGGGCCAAGCUGUCUAUAGGCUAAUUCUUAUGGAUUUCUUACUCAGUGGAGUAGCUUUAAUUGUCGAAUUUCUACGUAGUAUUCUUCAAAGGCAUAUUUGCAAGGAACUGCUUCUAGCGGCUGAAUUCGAUAUAGCCAGAAACACAUUAAAUCUAAUUUACAACCAAACAUUGUUCUGGGUCGGCUUCUAUUUCAGUCCACCAUUAUCAUUAGUAAUAGUACUCAAACUGUUCUUGAGUUUUCAUGUGAAAAAGGUCAGUCUAUUGUAUAAUUGUGCUCCUUCAUCAAGUAGUAACUGGAGAUCGGCUCAAGCUCAAACGCUAUUUUUGGUUUUAUCUUUUAUAUCACUGUUGGCUGUUCUAAUGAAUCUUGGCUACAUCAUUACUUCAGUGAAAACAUCAGACUGCGGUCCGUUGAAAGGAUCUGUUUACAUGUAUGAAAGGAUUCUAGAGGGCGUUUUUCAACUACGUCAUGGCAAUGACUUUUGGGCAUUCAUAAUGUUUCUUAGAAAACCGGGAGUAGUUGCUGGUUUACUUUUAUCUAUGUGGUGAGUGCAU